AGCGCUGCCCUCGCGUCACGGUGAGAGAUCUCGGCGGCGUUAAGUUGCAUUAAGAUGUGUCCACCUCUCGGAUGUGGUGCAGCCCGAGUGGCCCCCUUCUGUCCGCUCCUCCUUAAGUAGUGUGCGGCGGGACACUCCGCAGUUCGCUUAUCCCGGUUCGCUCCCGUUGCCUCUUUUACGCGCACGACGUCCGCAGCCCCAGUGAUCCGCUGGAGCCCGUCCUGUGCGCACGCCGCUCCGGGGGAUGAAGGCUGGACUCUCUUCCGCACAGUGCGCCGAUGGCGACGCAACGCCGGCUCCGUAGCCAGGGCACGUUAUUCUAAAAGGAAAGAUAUUCACGCUUGUAUUUCUUUCUUGCUUCCUUCCUUCUUCCCCCCCUCCACCACCACCAACAGCCCGACUCCUUUUUCAACAAAAUGUGGGACGCGCGUUCUCUGCGCAGCGUCCGCGGAGUGCUCUCUUCAGCCGCGGCCGCUUGACCGAGGGGGGAUCCCGGCUCCCUUUUUCCCAUCCGCCGCUCCUUUAUAAGGCACAAGAGGAGUUUGCAUGCAAAAGGUGGUUUAUCUCGGCAAGCCAUGGAGGGACUUGCCUAAAGAGGAUCCAACAUAAAAAAAUUCGACUUGUUUUUUUCCGUCCAUUUUCCCCUUUUUGUGUCAUCUACACAUCUUGCCAGGUGAAGCCUCCUUCUCCAUCACCAUGGCCGAGAAGCUUGGACCAGCAGGGCUCAAGCCCACCACCGUCCGGACCGCUCCGUCGCUGCCCCCCGAGCCCAUCGACAUCAUCCGCACCAAAGCCCGCUUGCGCAGAGUCCGCCUCAACGUGGGGGGUCUUAACCACGAGGUGCUGUGGCGGACACUGGACCGACUACCCAGGACCCGGCUCGGCAAGCUUCGAGACUGCAACACCCACGAGUCCCUGAUGGAAGUCUGCGAUGACUACAGCCUGAAUGAAAAUGAAUACUUCUUUGACCGGCACCCCGGGGCAUUCACCUCCAUCCUGAACUUCUACCGCACGGGCAAGUUGCACAUGAUGGAGGAGAUGUGCGCCCUCUCGUUCGGUCAGGAGUUGGACUACUGGGGGAUUGACGAGAUCUACCUGGAGUCCUGCUGCCAGGCCCGCUACCACCAGAAAAAGGAGCAGAUGAACGAGGAGCUGCGGAGGGAGGCAGAGACGAUGCGGGAGAGGGAGGGCGAGAUAGAGUUUGAUAACACCUGCUGCCCGGACAAGAGGAAGAAGCUGUGGGAUCUCCUGGAGAAGCCCAGCUCCUCUGUGGCUGCCAAGAUUCUGGCCAUCAUAUCGAUCCUCUUCAUCGUCCUCUCCACCAUCGCUCUGUCCCUCAACACCUUGCCGGAUCUCCAGGUCACGGACGAGUUCGGCCAGGCCAACGACAACCCGCAGCUGGCACACGUGGAGGCCGUGUGUAUUGCCUGGUUCACCAUGGAGUACCUCCUGCGCUUCCUCUCCUCUCCCAAUAAGUGGAAGUUCUUUAAAGGCCCGCUCAAUGUCAUCGACCUGCUGGCCAUCCUGCCCUACUAUGUUACCAUCUUCCUGACGGAGUCCAACAAGAGCGUGCUGCAGUUCCAGAAUGUGCGCCGCGUGGUGCAGAUAUUCAGGAUCAUGAGAAUAUUGAGGAUCCUGAAGUUAGCCAGGCACUCCACGGGGCUCCAGUCUCUAGGAUUCACUCUGAAGAGGAGCUACAAUGAACUGGGGCUGCUUAUUCUAUUUCUCGCCAUGGGCAUCAUGAUAUUUUCCAGCUUGGUGUUCUUUGCUGAAAAAGAUGAGGAUGCCACCAAAUUCACCAGUAUCCCCGCCUCGUUCUGGUGGGCGACCAUUACAAUGACCACAGUGGGCUAUGGUGACAUUUACCCACAGACUUUGCUUGGAAAGAUUGUGGGUGGGCUCUGCUGCAUUGCAGGAGUGCUGGUGAUUGCCCUACCCAUCCCGAUUAUUGUCAACAACUUCUCUGAGUUCUAUAAGGAGCAGAAGAGGCAGGAGAAGGCCAUCAAGAGGAGGGAGGCACUGGAGAGAGCCAAGAGGAAUGGCAGCAUUGUAUCAAUGAACCUGAAAGACGCCUUUGCCCGCAGUAUGGAACUGAUGGAUGUGGUGGUCGAGAAAGGAGAGGACAAAACUUCCCUUGACAACCACCUGUCACCCAGCCGCUGGGGCAGCUCAACCAGGCACUCCACCUCGAAAAUCAACCUAAAGUCCCCCGAGAAAAGAAACCCUGAGUCUCUGCCUGAACGCUCGCCUCAUCACAUAACCAUCACCACCACUGGGAGUCCGCAGCUGACACACAGGACCCCGCAGCAUCUCAACGUUCAGAAACUGGAGGAGAUGUACAACCAGAUGACCAAGUCACAGUCCUUCACGAACCUCAACACCACAAGCUCCAUGAGCACUCUGAGCACAACUAUGACUGCCCCUGUCUCACCGAGGAGAUCUCACAGCCCAGAAUUAACGUUGAAAGGGGAGGUGGAGCUGGAGAUGAAGGAAGUCCAACCCUCCUCACCAAAUUCGUGUGGCAGUGGCUCAACGGGCCUUCGAACACAGGCCUUCAACUCAGGUGAUGAAGAUGCAGGGCAGUGUCAAAUCAGACACCUCAGGGCACCACCACAUCUCGAUCUUAGCCACCUGACGGCCAACGAUGACCAGAGCUCUCCUGGCAUCAUACACAAAGAUGGCCUCCAUAUAGAAGAAGGGGAGAGCUUUAACGGUGCUGUGGAGAAUAUGCAGAGCCCUGCAAGGGGGAAUAACCCUCUCAAAAUAAAGGGGUUGAAAGUCAACUUCACCAAAACCUCUGCUGAAGUCCCACCGACGCCGCCCAGCACUACCUCUCCUGGAGACAUCAGCUCCAGCAUCCUGGAAGAGUCGCCGGAGGGAGAGACGUCGCCGCUCCUCCCCAGUUCAGAGGAGCUGCUCGCCAUCAGUGAAGAGGAGACCUGCCCCCUGUCCCCUGAGAAGCUGGUGGUCUACACCCCGCCCGGCAAUGAGGAUCAAUCCACAGAGAACCACGAGGAGAAGCAUCUGAUGGAAGUGGCAGGUGCUGCAGUCGCGCCCUUGUCACCCAAGACAGCAGCACAAAAUUGCACCCCGGGUGUGGUGGGGCCCGGCGAUGAGAUCAAGGCUGACAGCAACCAAAGCGGACACAAAGCGGAGAACCACAUGUUUACAACGGAAAUCCACCUGAUACCCGGGGAUGGCAGCCUUUCUCCAACCUGUGAAACCAGCAUGUGACUGUGAGGGAAGCUGUUAGUGACAAGAGACCCACCACAACAUCAGCAAGGGAGCAGCAAGAACGGACAACAGUGCAGUCGUAGUGAAAGAUAUUUUUGCAUGGCAUGACAAGUCCCUUUUACUUGUGUCGUUGUGUUUUGCUGAAAAAGAAACUGCAGUUUUUCGUGCAGAUUUCACGAAUGAUUUUGGAAACCGUCAGUGGGCUGACAAAAAGGGAGGCUCUGUAAAAUAACGGACAGAAUUCACCUACUCAUGCAGACAUUUUUGUCCUCCCAGUGUACAUAACAACAGUCUCCUUUUUCUAGCAAAAAGAAGGAAAUGCACAGAGGGACUUAUCUGUAAAAAGCAUGCAUUUAAAAAAGAGAUAGAUAUUUCACGGUGCUUAGUUUGCUGAAAGCGCUCCACUGUAAAUACCAGGACAUCUAAGGCAAUGACAAUGCACAGGAUGGCAAAAGGAAAACUUUCACCGAAGGUACAAAUAUUUGCAAUGUCAAAAGGGAAGGGAGGAAUGGAGAGCCCUCAGACUGGCGUUGCAUCGUAGCGACCUAUAAGAAAAAAAACAUAUCAUUACCUUUUGUGGAAAUGCAAAGUGUUCCCAUGACAACCCUGUAAUGUUUUUGUUUGUUUGUUUGUUUAUUCGUUUGGUUUUUUUCCAUUUGAAAAAUGGUGUAUGAAACUGUAACGUUGACAUUGUUGCUUUUGGUUUUCAUAAUGACUUGAUGAUCUUUUGAACUUUCCGUUUGAGCAUCUGAUAUUUUGGCAUUGAAUUAGUGAACGUGGGCAAGAUGGAUUUAAAAAAACAACAACACCUUGUACCAUCUCAAGCGCAUACACCUGUAGUGUGUUGCCAAAUACAUAUCUAUGUAUCCAGUGAGGACAGGAAGUAUCAGAUAAUGCCGUUAUUGAGAAUAUUUAUUGCGUGGCCUCAGAUGUUCGGACAAGGUUUUAAGACGUUCGAUUCUUUUUGAUUCCGUCCAACAGAACCAAAAUGAAUCUUAUUUACUCUCUCAGACGUCAGAUAUGUACACCUAAAAGUAGUUUUUAAGAAAUAUGUAGCUCUAGAUUGGUUGUAGAAAAAUUCUACAGUAGGUAAGUGAGACUCCAUAAAACAGAGUUAAGACUAUUUAUUAAUUCAUCACAUACAGUAUGGGCUUUACACUAUAAUUAACCAUUUUGGCAAUUCAAAAAGCCACCACAAAAAAAACAAUAAUAUCCCUUGUGAUAUCAACGGACCAAUUCAAGCACACUGGCAAGCUUUCAUCCAUCUCCUCGCUGCAUUUUAUCAUAUACCGUAAUAACAUAUAUAAAGAAAGUAGCUAUGUGUUUUCGUUUUCUUUUUGUCCUUAUGGUUUGUUUACCUGAAUUGAGUUCAUUGUCCUAUCCUCAGCGUCCUAACGUCGUCGUUGACACUUGAUCCAUACUACUGCAAUUUUAUCCGAUCCUGCUGACAUUUUUAUUUUGUACGCGUAGUGUCUUGGAUUGUAAUUUAUUGUGUUUUAUUGUGAACAAAACUAUUUUUCAGUCAAACUCAAACCCAAAGAGUUUUUUUCUUUUACUUUUUCUUUUCUUUUUUUUUGCUCAUCUUCUUUCUCGCUUUUGUUUUACACUGACUGAAAAUAUCUGUUGUAUGUUGCCUUUGAUUCCAGUUUUAUUCCUGAAAUAUGUUUAUCGUUUCAGCAUGACACUUGGCUGAGUGAAUUCGCAGUUUAUUUGUGAAAAACCACACAAACCUGAGUGGUACUGACAAGGAAGUACGUGGGUGAAUUAUUUGUUGUUCGUUUUGAUGUUUUAUUUACUUUUUUUCUUCUAAUUAUUAUUAUUAUUAUUAUUAUUCAUAUUAUUAUCAUCAUCAUCAUGUUUUUUGUUAUCACAGAGAGGUGUGGAAUGUGCAAUACCGCAUACUGCAAUCUAUGCAGGCCAAGAAUUGUGGCACUUUAUUUUCUGUCUAUGGGAAUUUGUAAGUGUACAGGCAGAAAUUACUUGUAUUUUUCAAAUGUUAUAUCUUUAAUAUGAGGCAAAACAGUAUUACAACUAGCAAAUCUCACAAACAAUGCAAAUGAAAAUUUGACUUAUACUUUUUCAUAUUAUAUGGCUGGCAUAUUGCUGUCAAGCACCUUAAUGCCACGUAUCUAUGGACCUCCAAUUUGAUGAUCUGUGGGAGAAGGGAUCCAAAUUGACCACUCUGGGCCUUUUAUAUCGCUGUCAGAUUCACACAUGAAUCUAACACGUCUGUGGAAGAUAUAAAGAUAAUCGAACUUCAACGGCCACACACAAAAGAUUUUAUGUUUUUUGUGAAUUCAUGUCGAGAAUGAUUCUAUUUUUUCUAAACCAAAAUGGAGCACGACCACAAUUUCCUGCCAUAUGGUGGUUGAAAUGAUGCGUGCCUUUUCAUAGCGCCGCCGUUUAUGAGAAGGUAGCAAGUCAUUCUGCUUUGUUCAUAUAGCACUGUACAGAAAAUUCUAAUUUUAUAGGAGAAAUCAGGUCUUUAUGUAAUAGAUACAAGUAAUGUUAUUGAGUUCUCAGGUUUUCUAUAACUCUCUGAUGUUCCGAUUUGGAUAAAUUCUUUGUCUUUUCUUUAACAGCUAAUGUCAACUGGUUACUUCUGUACUUUUUUCGAAAGGUGAUGUUGUCAAAUCCAUAUCGAUGUCUUGGCUCCGGGCAUCAGGAGCGGCAGCGUUUCGUCCUCCUCCUGGGCGAACGUGCGCCACAUUCAGUAUCCACCACCAGCCUUCGGCAGGAAGGAGCACGAGCAAAGGGACAAACAAAAUGUUGGGGAAUAGCUGAGAAAUAGACAGAAGGUGAGUGAUGGUUCUAACUGACCCGAGAAAGGCAGUAAAGAGAUCCCUUCUGCCACUCGACUGAUCCAUCUGAUUAUUUUCCCAUUGCCGACACAACUUUGUGCUCCAUUAGCUGCGGCUUAAGAGGCUCUGACCCCCAUGGCAAGCCCUCAGGCUCGUGGAUUACUUGGUGAAAGGAAGGCUACGAUAAGGGAACACUGAGAGUUAGGAGGACGGAAGAAAAACGAAUACUCCCCAGAAAAAAAAUGAGAUCACAUCUAUCGUGGUCCCAUUUUUCCUUUUUUGUCUGUGGACACACUGUGUAUGCCCCAGUCACUAAUCAGAGAUUCAUACGAGAGCUCAAAAAUGAGUUGUCUCUGUGAAAUGAUUGAUCCCUCAUUAGGAUUCUUUGGUACGCUUCCAAAGUAAAAUGUGGGGUCAGUACCUGUCUGUAACUGUACCUGUUUUAUUUGUUUUUUCCCUCCUCCAUUGUUUGUAGUUAUCAUGUCUCCAUGUUAUCCUCGAAUAAUCCUUCAUUUUGACAGGUAGGGUGGAGAUACAAGGGAUUUGGGUUGAUGAGCUAUAUCCCCCACCAUCCCCACUUGGAUGGCAUUUGUGUGGAUACUGAAAGUAAUUCUGUGAGAUGACAGCAAAGGAUCGUCUCUUGCGAUCGCACGAAGGCAUUAUCACCUGCGAUACUUUACAGAGUGGAAAAGUUGUGUCUUUUAUUUUCUCUGAGAGAAUGGGUAUUGUCCGUGUCACUCAUGUGUGCUUAUCCAAACUUUGCUCCCGAUGAUGCAUCGAGCUAUAUUGUUUCUUCUUAUGUCUCUGUGAACUCUGCCUCUUACAUUUUUAUUUUUGUUUGUUUGUUCGUUGGUUUUCUCUGUUCAGCUUAUGGAGAACAUCGUCAUUAGACACAUUCUGAGCUACAGACUGUUUCUGUACAAAGCAACAUCGUUGUAUGCAUGUAGUUGUCUGAACAAUUAUGUGACCACAGAACAAUUUGUUAUGGUACAUGUAUGUCGACAUGUCUGUAGAGCAUUGUUCCCCAUUACAUCUAUUAGCAUAUGCAGAAUAACAAAUAAAUGUGUAUAUAACUCCUG